AUGACGGGAAUCAUGCUGCCAGAUGAGCUACUUGCCAGUAUCUUAGAUUGGGCCACGCUCAGCGAUAGCACUGCCCAAAUAAGACCCAGAAAACGAGAUUAUGGCACUAUUCGGUCCUUGGCUCUGGUGAGCCAUCGUUUUCACCGAGUUGUAUCACCUUUUCUAUAUGAAGAGAUCAGAUUUAUUCAUCCGCAUCUGUGUGAGCGUUGUACUGUGCCACCGAUGGAGAAAGUAAGAAAGCUUCAUCGAUUGCUUCUGCGUAACCCAUCUUUACGAUCCCUGUGCCUUUCACUAUAUAUCGAUAUCGACGAUGAUUCUGGGGAGGUCAAUGAAGAGGAUUUCCAAGUUGUAAAUGACUUGAUCUCCUGGUUCACAAGACUUCGAUCUCUGGUGCUCACGGGUGGCUUUUACUCCAAAGCUCCGGACGAGGUCCGAGAACACACAUUAUCUUUGAUCCAAAGCACUCAGAAUCUGGGACAGCUGCGAAACUUGCAGAUCGAAGGAGAUAUGUGGGAUGAAACUGGAGGUAUCUCCUUGGCAGAAACGGUGAAAUAUAUCAAUUGCUCCUCCCUCGAGACAUUGGAGGUAUCUGCGGCGGGCCUUUCGGAUACAUCUUCCCUCUCUGAGAUGCUUCUUCCACAGAAAGCUCGAUCUGCAUCAUUCAAGUCCGUGAAGCUAAGGGGCUGCAAAGAUUACCCUGAGGCCAUAGCGGCGUUUAUUCACUGGCCCAAGGAGCUUGUUCAUUUUACCAUCAACACCUCGGGAAGCUUUGUCUCCGACAUGAACCUUCAUGAUAUUGGGAUGUGUCUCUCCAUUCACAAAGAGACGCUUAAGACUAUUUACAUUGAUCUCUUGGGAUUCCCCCACGGGCUCUCAUUCAAUGCAUCCAACUUUCCCUUACUGGAAGUUCUUCGACUAUCGCGGACCCAGAUAUGUGCAGACCCGUGGAACCGAGAAUUUGAAUGGGAUCCAGUCUAUGCCGAUCUGAUACUCGGUCCAAGUCUCCAUACGUUUGGACUUGUGUUUGGAGUCAUGGGCCACAGCUUAAUCAACAAUUGGGGGCACAUGGAAGAAGAAUGGAUUCGACAGCUUGCAAUAGCUGCUUGGAAGCGCAAGGCACCAUUGAAAAAGAUCGAAAUCACGUUCUCUCCUGUCAGUCCAUACCCUAAUCUCAAACAGGGGACCUAUUCAGACUGGGAAUAUGUGUACCCCUGGGACCGCAUGGAUAAACUUGGGGUCCAAAUCCAGCGGUAUGGACUGGCAUUGGAAUACACCGCUCCGCCUUGGACGAAAGAAGAAUGGCUGUCGGAGGUCCGUACAUGCAGCUGUCAGCAUAGUAUCAUCGCCUUUGAACGGGAGGAAUAG